AUGAAUACCUGGAAUGACACAAACUUGAGCUUCUUCAUCCUUACGGGAUUAACAGAUUCUGGAGAGGUCCAAUUGGCCCUCUCUCUGCUCUUUCUCCUGAUCUACCUGAUUUCUGAGCUGGGUAACCUAGGUAUGAUAUUAAUCAUUUGGCUGGAUCACCAGCUUCACACACCUAUGUAUUUUUUUCUCAGUCAACUUUCUUUCCUUGAUCUAUGUUAUUCAAAUGUCAUCACACCUAAAACCUUAGUGAACUUGCUGACUUCCUCGAAGAGCAUUUCAUACUUGGGCUGUUUCACUCAGUUGUAUGUUUUCAUUUUGCUUAGUGCUACAGAAUGCUUUCUUCUCUCCUCUAUGGCCUAUGAUCGCUACAUUGCUAUCUGCAACCCUUUGCACUACCCAGUGAUUAUGUCACCAAGACUCUGCCGAGUCUUGCUCACUGGGUCCUAUAUGGUUGGCUUUUUGGAUUCCUUUGUCAGUAACCUUUGUAUGAGCAGAUUGCAUUUCUGCAACUCCAACAUAAUCCAUCACUUUUUCUGUGACACAUCCCCAAUUGUAAUCCUAUCCUGCAAUGACACCUAUUUCAUUGAGAUGAUGAUAAUGUUUCUUGCUGGUUCCACGGUAUUAAUCUCACUUAUCAUAAUAUGUGUGUCCUAUGUGUGCAUUCUGUUUACUAUUAUGAAAAUCAGUUCCACUUCAGGAAAGCAGAAAGCCUUCUCUACCUGUGCCUCCCAUCUCCUUGGGGUCACCAUUUUCUAUGCCACCGUCAUUUUUACUUAUUUAAAACCCAAGAAGUCCUACUCGCUGGGAAAGGAUCAAGUGGCUUCUGUGUUUUAUACUAUUGUCAUUCCCAUGCUGAACCCACUCAUUUAUAGUCUGAGAAAUAAGGAAGUGAAAAAUGCUUUCAUUAGGGUCAUGCAGAAAAGAGGUGGGUUCAGGCAAAUAAAAUAA